AUGGACUCUGAAGGUCUCCAUCUCUUUGUCCUUGACAACUUCCGGAGGAUCCGAUACAUUGAGCUCUAUCUCAAGAAGAAGACGGUGACCACCCUUGUUGGCGGUGCCUGCCGGGCAGUGUCUCGGUGGACAGACUACCAUUCGAUCAUCCAGCGUCGGGUGGGCUGCCAUCCAGACUGGAAGGCCACAGCUGCUGGGGAACCGGUGAACGUCUUCGUCUCCGGUGAGGGUGUUUUCUUCUGUGCCGGGCACAAGGCCACCUGCGCACCUCGUGAUCACCCUGGUUUGGCAGACCGCCUUGCGCCCCAGCUCCUCUCUGAGGCAUAUGCGCAGCAGCUGCUGGCGGGCGUUCCUCCAGAAGAUCCUUACGACAUGCCUCUGGUGUUGUCGGUCCACUCGGCCCGCAGCCAUGAGCGUCGCUCAGACAAAACUAGGUCUGUGGCUGCCCUCAGCCCUGUUCAGGGUGCGCCAGCCCUGCGUGGCGCUGAGGCUCCAAGCCAAGGGCGCCAGGGCUCUACUGCGGCCGCCGUGGGCGCUGCUGCGCUCUGUCUGGGAGCCUCGCUGGCCCGCCGGGCGGGCGCUGAGAAGCGCUCCGCCCGUGGUGCCCGGGUGGCUACCAAGGCGCUGGGCUCCAUUGAGCAGUUCAAAGUCUUCGGCCCUCCAGAGGAUCCUUUCGUCAUCGAGACGGACAAGGUCCUCGGUGUCGGCGGGCAGGGAACUGUGUACCUGUGCCACAAGCAGAGCACCCCCAAUGUGAAGCAUGCCGUGAAGACCAUUCCCAUCUGGCGCCUGCUGAUGGACCCCUCCUGCGACGAGAAGAUUGCCGACAUCCGAAAGGAGACCGAGGUGCUCAUGAAGAUUCAGGGCCACCCCAACAUUUGCUCUUGCCUGGGCUGCUUCGAUGCUUACCGGCCAGGCACUUCUCAGGCGCAGUACAUCAUGAUCGUUAUGGAGCUUGUCGAUGGCGGAGAGCUUGCAAGCUACAUCAAAGAUGGCCAGAACUUCCUCCCAGAGGAUGUCGUGAAGAGCGUCACCAAGCAGGUUGCUAUGGGCCUCAAGUUCAUCCACGAGAAGGACAUCGUCCACCGAGACCUCAAGGCUGAGAACGUCCUGGUCUGCUCCCAGCAGCUCACUGCUCAGACCCCCGUCAAGCUGAUUGACUUUGGCGUGGCCAAGAACCUCGAGCAAACCGUGGCCCGAAGCUGUGUCGGCACCACCGAGAUCAUGGCACCGGAGCUCGUGGGUGCCAAGAUGAUGAUCGCACCGAAGGGUGUGGCACUGGCCAAGCAUGGCCCCUAUACCUUUCAGCCUCCCCAGCAGCAGAGCCCGGGCUUCGGAAUCGUCACACAGCGGCCUGACGGCAAGGGCGCCAUGGUCAACGGCAUUGAGCCUGGGGGCCAGGCCGCGGGCUUCAACGUGGGCGACGGCUGGGCCAUCUCCCACAUCAACGGAACUGAGAUCCUGGAGAUGCCCUUCGUGAAGGACUUCAACGAGCUUGGAGCCGGAACACAGGGUGGUGUCACCGCGAUUACAGAGAUCCUUGGUGGACUUUCCGCGCCAUUCACAGUAGAGUUUGUGGAGUUGCCCAAGCGCGAGUUCACAAAGGCCGUGGAUCUCUGGAGUCUGGGAUGCACCAUGUAUCUCAUGCUCACCGGCCUCAAGCCCUUCACGGAUGAGGAGAAGAUCGUGAACGUUGAGUAUGACCAGGCACCCUUGGCACGCUGCUCCCCGCAAGCCCAGGAGUUGGUCAAGAGCCUCCUGAAGCUGAACCCGGCAGAGCGGCCGACCAUCGACCAGGUCUUGGCACAUCCUUUCUUGCAGUAA